CAGUCUAGAUUUCAAGCCCUUUAAAGAAAAAGAAAAAGCUAGUCCCUGGGCAUCCUUUCAUAGUCAACAGAUAAAAAGUCUGCUUCUAAAUUACAGAAGUGUCAUUUUCCUUCUGCUCUGUCCAGUGCUUUAUUUCUGAAACAGAUAUUCAAUAAUCAGCAGGAAAGAAGCUUAAGGUUCUAAUGUAAGUUUGUCCAUUUCGCACAAUUGAAAAUCUUUUGGAUUAUUAAUAGCUACAUUUUAAAGUAGUUCCGUGACCAAGGUAUCUCCCCUGCCAGCUCUGUUAUUAUGGAAAAAGUAGACUCUGAACAAUUAUUCAGCUAUAAAGGGCAUAAUUUUUCAAAAAAAUUAAUGAAACUUGAUCUCAUUGAAGCAGCAGAAGAUUUCGAAACCAGGGAUAGUGAUAUAUUCAUAGGAACUUAUCCAAAGUCUGGAACUAUCUGGACCCAGAAUAUUGUAUGCUUGAUUUUGUAUGAAGGCCAUCGGAAUGGAACAGAAAAUAUCCUCAUAUCACGUCGGGGUGUAUCCAUAGAAUAUAACAUAUACAAUGUGGAUAUCACCCAACUGCCAUCACCUCGUGUCAUCACGUCACAUUUGCCAUAUUACCUAGUUCCCAAGACACUGAGGGCCAAAAAGGGAAAAGUUAUUUACGUGUACCGAAAUCCAAAAGACAUUUUAGUGUCCUAUUUUCAUUAUGUCAACUCAUUGCGUGGAAUGGAAAACUCAUGUAAUUUGGAGGAACACAUGCAAAGAUUUUUAUCUGGAAACGGUAAGAUGGAAAUAAAAUCUUUAAUUAUCACAACACUGUCAAAAAGGGCUG